UCUUCCUCUAUUUCUCCUCUUAAAUUAUUUCUCUCCCUUUACACCCCUCUUCUCCUAUUUUCAUAUCAUUCUAAUCCAUCGUGUGUCUCAGCUUAACACUACAAUACCAAUCAUCUUCCCCAAAUGAACCCUAAUUUCCCCCUCUUCAAACUUGGAAGAGAUCAUCACCACCUUUAUCCUCCUCAUUCAUUCUCUUUGUUUCACUAAGCUCAUGCUCCUCUUCCCAAAACGCAUGGCAUAGAGUAUAUCUGCGCAUUCAAACUUCGAUCGAAACCGCACCCAAUUUCAUAGCGCAACGAAUUAGGGUUCAUAAUCCAAAUUGAAGAAAAAGGACAAAAAGGGUAGAGCUUUACACACCCCAGAUACACGGUUUGGACUGCUAUUGUUGCCAAUUUGUGUCUAGAUUUUGAAAUGCGGUGAAAGAUUCAUUCACCUGUUUACUCACAGAACUGAAGUCUUUGACCAACUAUUCAUAAAAAGGGUGGCAGCAAACCAUGACAGAUCAUCGAAAUGGGAAAUCACAAACUCCCAGUGGAAAGGGUGGUGCAGCAGGAACUUCAUAUGCUAUUGAUCUGAAUGCAUUUCAAUCCCGAUUGAGGACUCUUUAUUCACAUUGGGAUGAACACAAAACAGAUCUGUGGGGCUCUUCUGAUGCAAUUGCAAUUGCAUGUCCUCCACCUUCUGAAGACCUGCGAUACCUUAAAUCUACCGCUCUAAACUUAUGGUUGCUUGGAUUUGAAUUCCCAGACACAAUUAUGGUUUUCAUGAAGAAUCAGAUCCAUAUCUUGUGCAGCCAAAAGAAAGCAUCUAUUCUUGAAUCUGUCAAAAAACCUGCCCGAGAAGCAGUUGGUGUAGAACUGGAAGUUGUUUUGCAUGUCAAGCCUAAAAAUGAUGAUGGCACUGCUCUAAUGGAUGCUAUAUUCCGUGCUAUCAGAGCUCAAUCAAAGUCUGAUGGCGGUGAUGCUUCCACCAUUGGAUAUAUAUCAAGAGAAGCUCCAGAGGGGAAACUCCUUGAAGCUUGGGCUGAAAAAUUGAAAAGUUCAGAUUUUCAUUUGACUGACGUGGCCAAUGGAUUAUCUACGUUGUUUGCUGUGAAGAGUAAUGAGGAGCUUACAUCAAUUAAGAGAGCAGCAUACCUGACAACCAGUGUGAUGAAGAACUUUGUGGUUUCAAAGCUUGAGAAUGUAAUUGAUGAAGAGAAGAAAGUUUCUCAUUCUACAUUGAUGGAGGAGACUGAGAAAGUUGUACUGGAGCCUUCAAAAGUUAACUGUAAACUGAAAGCCGAGAAUGUUGAUAUUUGUUACCCCCCAAUUUUUCAGAGUGGGGUGGAAUUUGAUCUCAGGCCUAGUGCUGUCAGCAAUGAUGAUUUACUUCACUAUGACCCUGCCAGUGUGAUUAUAUGUGCUGUUGGAGCCCGGUAUAAGAGUUACUGCUCAAACAUAGCUAGGACCUUCUUAAUUGAUGCUGACCCUGUUCAAAGUAAGGCUUAUGAAGCACUUCUGAAAGCCCAAGAAGCUGUAAUUGGUUCCUUGAAGCCUGGAAAUAAGCUGAGUGUCGCAUACCAAGCUGCAGUUUCUGUUGUGGAAAAGGAGACUCCUGAAUUGAUUUCCAACUUAACAAAAUCUGCUGGGACUGGCAUUGGCAUUGAGUUUCGUGAAUCAGGAUUGAAUCUUAAUGCUAAAAAUGAACAGAUUAUUAAAGAAGGCAUGGUCUUCAACGUGUCACUUGGAAUUCAGAAUUUGCAGAAUGAGAACAGUAAGUCUAAGAGCAAGCUCUUCUCUCUCUUGCUUGCUGACACAGUCAUCAUCAACAAGGACAAGACAGAAGUUCUGACUUCUAUGAGCUCAAAAGCUCUUAAGGAUGUGGCGUAUUCUUUCAAUGAGGAUGAGGAAGAGGAAAAGCAAAGCACAAAAGCAAAAACAAAUGGCGCAGAGCCCAUUAUUUCUAAGACAACUCUAAGGUCAGACAAUCAUGAAGUUUCAAAAGAGGAACUCAGAAGGCAGCAUCAGGCUGAACUUGCUCGUCAGAAAAAUGAAGAAACUGCAAGGAGACUUGCUGGUGGUGGAAAUGCGACUGGAGAUAACCGUUCGUCUAUGAGGUCUUCUGCAGAUCUUGUGGCCUACAAGAACAUAAAUGAACUUCCCCCUCCCAGAGAGUUGAUGAUUCAGAUUGAUCAAAAGAAUGAAGCAGUUCUCUUGCCUAUUAAUGGAAGUAUGGUUCCUUUUCAUGUUGCUUUCAUUCGGACUGUUUCUAGCCAGCAGGAAAACCGCAUCUGGUAUAUGAGAAUUAUUUUUAAUGUUCCUGGGACUCCUUUUAGCUCUCAGGAUGCGAACUCAAUGAAGUACCCUGGUUCUAUAUAUUUGAAGGAGGCUUCUUUCCGCUCAAAAGAUUCCAGGCAUAUAAGUGAGGUUGUGCAGUCCAUAAAAACCCUCAGGCGACAAGUUGUGGCAAGGGAGUCUGAGAGAGCUGAAAGGGCAACCUUGGUUACCCAGGAGAAGCUGCAGCUUGCUAAUAACAGAUUUAAGCCCAUAAGGUUGUCUGAUCUCUGGAUCCGCCCUCCUUUUGGUGGACGUGGAAGGAAGAUUCCUGGUACACUUGAGGCUCAUGUGAAUGGAUUUCGUUAUUCUACCACCAGGCAAGAUGAGCGUGUGGACAUAAUGUUUAGCAACAUUAAGCAUGCAUUUUUUCAGCCAGCAGAGAAUGAAAUGAUCACACUCCUGCACUUUCAUCUGCACAACCAUAUUAUGGUAGGAAAUAAAAAGACUAAGGAUGUUCAGUUUUAUGUAGAGGUAAUGGACAUGGUCCAGAAUGUUGGAGGUGGGAAAAGAUCCACCUAUGACCCUGAUGAACUUGAAGAAGAACAGAGAGAGAGAGACCGAAAGAACAAAAUUAAUGUAGAAUUUCAGACCUUUGUGAAUCGAGUGAAUGAUCUCUGGGGGCAACCACAAUUCAAUGGCCUUGACUUGGAGUUUGAUCAACCUCUAAGAGAACUUGGCUUCCCUGGAGUACCUCAUAAAUCUUCAGUAUUUAUUGUUCCUACUUCAGCCUGCCUUGUUGAACUGAUAGAGACCCCUUUCCUUGUUGUCACACUAAGUGAGAUUGAGAUUGUGAAUCUAGAGAGAGUUGGGCUUGGGCAGAAGAACUUUGAUAUGACAAUAGUAUUUAAGGACUUCAAGCGGGAUGUGCUCAGGAUUGAUUCUAUCCCUUCUACAUCACUGGAUGGCAUCAAGGAGUGGCUUGACACCACAGACAUCAAAUAUUACGAAAGCAGGCUGAAUCUGAACUGGCGCCAGAUCCUAAAAACAAUCACGGAUGACCCUAAAAGCUUUAUUGAAACUGGUGGUUGGGAGUUUCUGAACCUGGAAGCUAGUGAUUCAGAAUCUGAUAACUCAGAGGAGUCAGAUAAAGGUUACGAACCAUCUGAUGUGGAGCCGGAGUCUGAUUCUGAAGAUGAAGCUUCUGAAAGUGCAUCGCUAGUUGAGUCUGAGGAUGAUGAUGAGGAUGAGGACUCUGAGGUAGAUUCAGAGGAAGAGAAGGGAAAGACCUGGGAAGAACUGGAGAGGGAAGCAAGCAAUGCAGAUAGGGAGAAAGGGCACGAGUAUGACAGUGAAGAAGAUAGGCAAAGAAGGAAGGUGAAAGCCUUUGGUAAGUCUCGAGCCAGUGCAAGUAGUAGCAUGCCGAAGCGGUCAAAGUUAAGAUAGAUUUUGUUAUUGUUCUUGGUCUAUUUGUGGUUUAGUACAGUUGCUUUAUGUUGCUGCUGAUAUCAGCUUUUUAGUUUGAAGGAGUUACCGGUGCCCUAUCUAUAUCAUUAACUUCCCUUUCUAUAGUAUUGGUCAGUUUAUUGAAAUCCUUGAAUCCAACAUAUCUCCUUAAAAAUCGUUUUCAUGGCUCUUUCUUGAAA